AUGGCCGUCUUCAAACUCUCGGCCUGGACCACUAACCCGGGCGCGAUCCCGCGCACCGCCGAGCUGCUGCUCCCUGCCGAUGACGCGGUGGAGUUCGACGCUGAUCCGGAUCGAGCGGAGCGGCUGGCGCUCCGCCUGGCGCGCUUCCCAGUCCGCAUCCACCUGGCCGAGUGCGUUGACCACCGCCGGCCAGUGCCACAACCGCCCCCUCCGGCGGCGGACGACUCCGGUGAAUCCAACCAUAACUCCCCGCCCGUCCCUCCUCGCUGGCCGCAGCACCACCAGUUCCCGCCCGCCAACCCCGCACCCCAACCACCUAAGGCCAAUGGCGGUCGCCGGCGUCACCGCCGCCGUGCGUUUGCGCCGCCCACAUGCCGUAGCUGGGAAGGUGUCCUCGGGGCCCACCCUAGUGCUGUCGCUGAGGCCAACCGGGUCUCCGCCCUGUUACGUGUGGGCUCCAAUGCUCUGGGUAAAGCAGGACCCCACCCUGUCCCCGCCCCAGCGCGUGAUCCCAUGACAUUUCAAAAUGCUUUGGCGCCGUGCGAUUCAAACAGACUGACCACUCUCGUCGCUCGCCCAAUCGCCGCACCUGCCGCGCAUGGGCCCUCGGCCCCGCUUGCCUCGGAUCCGACGAUUUCGGAGUCUUCCAUCCUGCUCGAGCCGCGCCAGGUGGCCGUUGUGGAGGCGGGCUGCCCAAUCGUGCCUCCCUGCGUCGCCCGUGCGGAGCCCACCUUGACCGCCGCCGCCCAAUGCGAGACCUCGGAUGAGGGCCCCCCGACAGCUGUGGAUCGCGCGCCCGACAACCCGCCCAUCGCCGACCCUGCCCCGAAUCUUCCUCGGGCGCUGCGACACGUGAUCCCCCGCCUGCGCAUGCACUGGUGGGCCUGCUAA